UUUUCUUGGAAAAAAGCCUAUCAAUUUAAUAAUUAGUCUAACACAGUUAAAUACAGUUAAGUGAUUAUAAGUCUAAUCACCGGGACUUGUCCGGUAGAUCAGACGGGAGACUGAUGAUCAGAGGCGUCUUGGAGCGAUGGAUGGAGCGCGUAAAUCACGGCACUGAACACAGAACACUUUCCACAUAGUUUCCGCGUUGAUGCGCCUUCGGCUGCACCCGCAACAUUUCAUCAAUUGAAUGGGAGAACCUACAGGUUACGGAAAUAUACUUUAAAAUUCUACUUAUCUUUGUAUACUAUGGGGUCUUCGGAUAUAGCUCGGAAACAAAGAUACCUCGCUCAGAUGACCAGCAAUAAGUCGCUCUCUCAGUCUCAGGGUGUCCUGCGCGCCGAGCGGCUCUCUCCAGAAGGCGCAGGAGCUUCAGGAGCUUCAGGAGCCCCAAAAUCUUUCACGAACAUAAGCGAGAGACCGGUAACGCCAGACGUGGCACGUUUAUGUGAAGAAUGCUUCGCUCGUGUGCUUUAUUUCAAGGAAGAAGCUCUGCGAUUGUUAAAGGAUGGACACUUUUCCCCCAGCGAUCCCAAACUGUCCAUCCUUCUCCAUGAGAGCUUGCAAGUGCCUUCUUGGAUUGGUCUUGCAGGUUGCUGUGACGUCUGCUUCACUCACCUGAGCCAGCUCAAGCGGGAGGCCAUCCACAUGCUCCUAAACCAAAAACGGACCAUCUGGCCCAAUUCUCCCGUUGCCAGAGUCUCACCCGGCUACGAUGCCUCGGGUUCUCACACUCUGCCUAGAGCCAUCAGCUCUCGUUCUCCAAGCCCCAACAAACGGCAGAAGUUCAGCAACCCGAGGACAGAAAGCUGGGUCAGAGAACACUCACGCUUUGACACCCUGUGGUGUUCAAAUAACGAAAUAUCACCUAUUGCUGACAUGGUUUCUCAGGAUGGUAUGAAAAAGACAAAAGAUGACGAGACCACGGUUCUCUGCCGCUUCAGCGGUCCUCUGACCUUCAACACCUCCAAAGUUGCUGCAAUGCUACCCGCUGGAACCUCGGCAGCUUUCUCUUUCAUCGUCAGGGCGGUCCAGAAGUUGCACUUGACCUCAAGAAGAAGGAAACAUCGUUCUGAAAAUGACCACUAUACUACAAACUUCUGUGGUCUUCUCCAGAAGGACCCUCCUGCUGUACCUUCGAACCUUUUACAGACUCACAGCAAGAGCAGAGAGAUACCAGAGACGGCAAAGGUCAGAGUUAUGCUGAGACUCAACCCGGGUCUGACGGCAAACUCUCAGUCUCAGUCUCAGGCCCUUAAAGUGGACCUACAUAAGAAACAGGUCAUGGUGUUGGAGCCUGUCGCACAAAACACACAGCGAUCAGCAGCAGGCGCCAUUUUCACGCCAAAGACUUUCACGUUUGAUGCUACAUUUGGCUCUGAGUCAUCCCAGGCUAAGGUCUGUGAGAAGAGCUUGUGUGAGGUUCUCCAGUCUGUUGUUGCCGGAGCAGAUGGCUGCAUCCUAAGCUUCGGACAAACCAAAGCAGGAACGUCUUACACAAUGAUUGGACGUGAUGAUGGAACACCAAACCUAGGGAUAAUCCCUUGUGCAAUUUCUUGGCUUUUCAAGCUCAUUAAGAAGAAGAAAGACAAGACCUGGGCAAACAUCUCAGUAUCUGUGUCAGCUGUGGAGGUGUGUGGGGAAACUGAAGCCAUCAGGGAUUUACUGUGUGGUUUUGAGGCUGGUGAUCACACCCAUAAGCCAAAUGUUUACCUCCAGGAAGACCCUGUCUGUGGAAUACAGCUUUACAACAACAGGGUGGUAAGUGCUGCUACGGAAGAAAGAGCAGCCUACCUAUUGGAUGCUGCCCUCGCAUCUCGCAACACAGGCCUGGCGGGGUGCAAAGGGACGUUUCAUCAUCCCUGCCAUAUGUUCUACACUCUUCAUGUUUGCCAAAAACACAUUCAGAGCAGCCCCACAUCUGGGAUGUAUGUGGAGCAAAGCAAGCUGAGCCUAAUUGACUUAGGAAGCUGUACCAGAGAGAGUACUAAGAACAACACAGAGGUCUGUCUUCUUGACCUGGGCAACGUUAUUAUGACCAAGCUGAAUGGGCACAAACAUGUCCCUAACAAGGGAAGUAAACUGGCCAUGCUCAUUCAAGAGUCUCUUGGAAAUGUCAACUGCCACACGACAAUUGUAGCCCAUGUGUCCACCUCUCCUGAAGACCUGUCGGAAGCUCUGUGCACCCUGCAGAUUGUCUCCAGAAUUCGAAGAUUACAAAGGAUCAGAAAACAAGCCUGCAGCUCACCUGGGGCAAGAAGCUUGGGCAAAGAAAAAAAAGUGAAGGACUCCUCUAAGCUGAGAGCAUUUCGCUAUACAGGUUCAUUGGACCAUAAUGUUUCUUUGCCGCACCUCUUUGAUGAUCUAGGAGACUACUCUGAGAGCGAUAAGUCAUGUGACACUGUGUUCUGUAUGGAUCAAAAAGGUGCCCUCCACGAUAAAGAGGUCAGAGGUAAUCCUGAGUUUGUGCCAAUAAUUCCGUCUUUGCAAAGGAACAAGGCGGACUUUAAAAGCGCUUUCUCUAUAAGGCACGGUGAUAUUUUACAUUCAAGUCCAAAUGCAAAACAGAUGAAAAAACUUCCUGCUCAACAAUAUUCCAGUGCACCCGAUUUGGAGUGUUUUAAGUGCAACACGUUUGCCGAACUACAGAAUCGACUGGGAUGUAUUAAUGAAUGUGAAAUCGGUGGCCUUCAUUCUUGCGAGAUACAGCCUGCAAAUGCCAUCAUGAAAUCUGAACCUCCCUCAAGCAAAGUUGUGAAGAUGCCGGCUGAAAAACCAGAGAUUCAACAAUUUCCGUGUAAAAAACAGGGUGAUGUCCUGGAACAAGGACAACCUACUCGGAGAGAUGUUUUUAGGAAGGACAUUAAGGAAAUACCAUCUGAGCAUUCUGUUCAAGACAAAAUGACUCAAAAAAUUCUGCCUUGCUCACCCAGAUUUCACAAGGCUAGUAGAUUCAAGCAAUGUGAACAAGACACUGAAUCCAAAAGUCUUACUAAAACAACGGACGUGGAUAUUUCUGGGUCUUCUUCAGUGGAAAGGCUACCAUCUGAUAAGUCCACCUUGCCCCCCAAGAUUCGAAAACCUUCUGUGGACAAAAACUCAUCCACCCUGGCUACAGCCCUAGGGUCGUCGGUUUCUUUCCCUAUUACCCGAUGUGAAGUUAUUCCACAGUUCUCCACUGAGAACCAAGGAGAGAAAGCAACCAUCACUGUAACAGUUCAGCAGCCACUGGAUUUGAAUGGACAUGAUGAACUUAUAUAUUCUGUGGUUAAAGAAGUAGAGGUCAGUGGCCCAGUUAAUACAGGUAAGGCUGCAAAAAUAGCAAAUAUUGCUGAACUUGAUUCUUUUAAGAACUUACCACUAGGAUCUCAGCCUGUGAAGAUCAUUGGUAGUGUUGGAAAGGAACAAAUUCAGGCUUAUUCUGUAUCUGAAGUUCAGGCUUUAGGUACAAGUGAUAAGACAUCAUCAGAUAUAUCUGAAGGCAAACCCACUUCUAUGGGCCAAAAUCAUGUUGUCAACUCAAGCACUACCAAUAACCCCAGUCAAGUCAAUAUUAGGUCAAAAGAGUCACAGUCUUGUACAGUCACAGUAGUGGCCAAAACUGAUUUUGGCUCCACUUCCCAAUAUGGGGACUCAAGGUUCAUGGAGAAAGCAUGCGAGAUGACAGCAGAACAAGAAGAUACUAAGACGAAGUUUAAUCAAAGUAGUGAGCAACUUUGUAGAGAGCUCAAAGACAAGAUUUCUCCAACAAAUCAAAGGAUAUUAAACGAUUUUCAAGUAAAACCAGCAGAAAAUUAUGACACAAGCAGUCUUACUAAAUCUUGGCUUGAUACUGACAAACUGCAUACCAGUAAGGACUCCCUUUAUCCCUGUGCAAGCUGGAAAAAUGAGCCUUCAAAUAGUCCAAAAGCAUCACUAGACAAAAAAUGUAAUGUUGUCGAACCAAGUCACGACGAAUGGGCAAAAUAUAGUAAAUCAAUGCCUUCAGUGCCAAGAUCAGAUAACUACAGUCCCAAUAAGAAAAACAGAAACCACGUGCAACCUACUAUGUCCCAGUCAUCCACAGAGAAUCAGCUCAAAUCUACGAACCCCAAAUCCCCUACUGAUGAGAGCACUAAGCUAUUUAGUGCAAAACUGGAGCAGCUAACAAGCAGAAGCCGAUCCUUAAGUAGAUCAAAUGUACAGUGUGUUGCUGUACAGCCUUUUGAGCAAAGCAAUACUGUGUUUACUCAGGGUUCUUUGAGGAGUAUAGAGGGCAACUGUACCCCACCAAGGGUCAACAGGCAUCCUGAGAAGGAAAAUCACCAGGAUUUAGGUUCUAUAGGAAGUUUGGAAGGACAAUAUGCAUCCGCUCAUGCCAAAAGUACUACAUGUCCUGGUUUGGUGACAGUAUUUGAAGCAGACAUCUUCACUUUGUCUCAGGAUAACCACAGCCUUAAGAGAGUUCCAAGGUUUUUCCCACUUUAUGAUGUUGAAGAAAGUGACAAUACUCAGUUUUCCAAACAUAGUCAGUCCAAUACGUCAAGUAUAAAGGACUUGUCUAGUGCAGCUAUUUAUAAGUUGUCUGGAACCGUCCCCAAUUCACCAAAAACUAACAGACGUUCAAUAAAUAGAAGCUCAAGUCUGUCUCCUGAUGGAUUUUCCAGAAAACAAAUCUCAUGGUCGUCCCAGUCUUUAUCAAGAAAGCAGGCCAAAGCUUCAAUCUCCUCCAAAUAUCCAAGCAAAAUUCUGAAUGGACGGGUUGAGGUUCUUAGAGCAAGUGAGGACUCUCUAUCUACCUCUAGUCAAGGUAGCUCAGAUAUUGAUGAACCUGAGGAAUCAGAAAGUAAAAUCCAAUUGUUGAGCCACACCUUACCUUCCCCAUACAGUAGGAUUACAGCACCACGUAAACCAAACCACUGCAGUGGGCAUGCAAGUGAUAACACAAGUGUUCUGAGUGGGGAGCUUCCUCCUGCCAUGUGUAAGACAGCGUUGCUGUACAAUCGCAACAGUAUGGUCAGCAGCGGUUAUGAAAGCCUGAAGAGGGACAGUGAAACCACAUAUAGUAGUACUUCAAUACAUGACUCAAUCAGUGACCAGAGCUGCUUCUACAGUACUCUAAAAAGUGCCAGAAGUUCCAAAAAAAAACCCAACUUGGGAUCCUAUCAAAGAUGUCCUUCACAGGACACUCUGUCAUCUUUAAGGAGGUCUCUGAGUGGGUCGAAAAUACGUUGGGUAGAUCGUGGUCCCUCAGAUGCAUACGAAAUUAAAGUUUAUGAGAUCGACAAUGUUGAUAGUUUGCAAAGGAGAGGAAAAGCAGGGAACAAGAGUGUUGUCUGCUUCAGUGCAAAGCUGAAAUUCCUGGAGCAUCGACAACAGAGGAUUGCAGAGAUGAGGGCCAAGUACAACACCCUAAAGAGAGAGCUGGAAGUAGCCAAGCAGCAUCUGAUGGUGGAUCCAGAGAAAUGGACCCAUGAAUUUGACCUUUGGCAGACAUUUGAGGUAGAUUCUUUGGAGCACUUAGAGGCAUUGGAGCUGGUGACACGGCGUCUGGAGUGCCAAGUCUAUCGCUGCAAGGCACAUGUCAUGAUGGUAACCAGUUUUGAUGCCUCACCAAAGCGAAGACAGAAGAAGAAGUACCGGCCAACUGUCAGUUAUAAGGGGUUCAUAGGAAUAUAGCAUACCUUUUACUUUUAACGAUGUAACAAAUACUAGUUAAAUACAGUGAUUACUGUAACAAUUCUACAUUAAUCCUUCAAAUACACCU